AUGUGCAUCUACACCUACCAUCACUACCCCGUUUGCGGGCACAUCUCCAACUGGACCGUGACGAGCUGCAAGGAGUUCACCAACAGGCUCCGGCUCCUGGCACGCGGAGGCAUGAGUGGAUCAUGCAACCGCAUUAGAGCCACCCAUGACCUUCUGUCGGCGACUGAGGCUGAUAUUUGUGGGCAGUGCAAAUACGAGUUGCGCGAAGCGGCUUUCUAUGGCGUCCGCGAUGCCUUCGCACCCAAGACCUAUCAGGAGAUCGAAGGCUUGAGCUGGAAGACCCCCAUCAUCGAGCUUGUCACUCAGAUGAAUGUAGGUGUGAGCAAUGGGAAAAUGGAAGAGGAAGAAAAAGAGGAAGAUGGUGCGUCGGACAUCUUCGAUGGUGAUAGACCCGACAUGUUCGCAGCAAUUGCUCAGCAGCAUGAGAGCUGCGAGUGCUGGAGUUGCUCGAAGUCGCGCAAUAUCGCCCCCGGCAACUCGGACCAGACAACUCAAACCUCUAGCGUGAGCACAAAUCAUAGUUCUCUACCUGAUUCUGUGACUGACAUCUUAAAGCAUAUAGAUCGGCAUCUUUCUGAUGACUCUUUUGCCUCUCCGGCAUGGAACGGUAACCCAUUCGAUGUGGUGCCCAUUACACUCCCCAGCGAGCAGGACAACAUUGCUGACCUCUGCAAAGCCCUGCGGCAAGGAUCCUCGAACGAUAUCUCUCCUUCCUCAACACAGGUAGGUGUCCGCGCAUCUCGUCAUCCCUUGUGUGACAUUCUCCCUGUUGACAUGGAGCGCAUGAGCACGAAAUCUCGCUCUUGGCCUAGCUUCGACCUGUCCGAUGUGUCGUCGAUUGACCUCGAGGGUAACUCCCCCAACGGCUAUCUGAUUAACCAAGAUUCCUCAGCAGUGCUUAAUGCGGAGGUAGAAGGUGAAUCUGAGGUACAAGAUCCAACUACCCUGGCCUGCCUUGGCGAAGAUGAAGAUGAUGAUGCCGAUGAUGAGUCAGGUGGAUGCGAAGUAUCAGGUCCGUGGGAAGACGAAGAUACUGACGAGGCUUCAACCCUAUCUUCACUUCUAGAAUUCAAUGAAAUCGACUUGGCCCCGGUGCAAAACCGUGCACGACCGGUUGCUAGACCAGCGACCCCGAUACCUGUGCCCUACCCCUCGCGGACUCGCAAAACCUUCUCGCGUUCUCGACGCCAAUCCCGUGAAGGAAGUUCUCAGGUUUUCCCAGCGCGGUUUUCCUCCUUUUACCCCAAUUCUCUAGAGACCUGGGACGAGCUUUCUACGGCUUCUUCUUAG